CUCGUUGCGGUCUUGGCACUGAAUGCGUGAAAUUCGAGCAAACUCCGGGUUCUAAGUAGCAAGCAGUCUUGUCCCCUUUUCCAUUGCCAACUCCAGAAGGCCCUCCACAUUACUCUCGGUUUUGGCUGCCCUCCCGGCCAUUCUCUGCGCCACGCGGCCGCACACAUAUCGUGGCCCAGGUCACUGGCCCGCUGACAUUCGACCAUCCUCCGCCUCAGAUAGACUCACACUCUCAAAGCUUGACGUGACCUGCAGUCGCUUGAAGUUGAGUGGCAUCGGUGUCAGUGGAGGCGAUGAGCAGUUCGAUCCCGAGUCCUCGGUGGCUCCAUUGCCCCCUGAUUCGCCAUCAUCAUCGGCUGUUGACCCGACAGACGACUCGGACCAGGCGCUCAUUGUCCUCUGGAAGCUCAGGCCUCGCGACCGCUGCUGAGGUUGGAGCUCUUUCCCCCCACUGCUUGUCCAUCCCAGGGAUUCAUACCCCUCGUCUGAGGCCGACGGCGCAACGGGGAAGGGGCCACGCACGGUAUCGGAUCGCUCACGCCUUGAGGCUUGGUUGGUAGCCGUGACCGUUGCGGCGCUCACGGCUGACCAUAGCGGCUUCUCGACCUCUUGAUCGGUGCUGGUGUCCACCCUCAAGUUCGUGUUUCGUGGGGGCGAUCUGGUCCUGACUUGAGCCUCGCCCGACUCUGGCCGUGGCAUGUCCUCGAGGUAUGGAGGAUGAUCCACACCUUCUUCGAUCUCUUGGCCUUCGAGCCACUGCAAGGCAUAAUCACUUGCAGCACCGACGUCGUGGGUGGGCUUCCGCAGGUGACAGAAUUCUGGGUAGUCGGGCGCAGGCUUAGGGGGCUUUCCGGCUAUCUUGUCAGCGUUCGCCAUUGCUAUCUCGAAGCAGUGGGGACAAAACCGGGGCUUCGACUUGACACCGUUGUGGUUGUCCAGAUCGUCAGGAUCAGCGCCGAACAAGCUCAAAGGAAACGAAACUGCGCGGUUACUGGGGUCGAUGCUCAUGGAGUUGCGCCGAGCCAGGGUCACCGGAGUAUCCAGCUGAAGGCCUCCCUCUUCCAGCACGUCGACAACACUGCAGAACAACUCAUCGUCGGUGAUUUUGCCGAUGUCAGGAGUAUGUCCCUCGUUGGAGUUGAAAAGACCAACCAUGGGGCGCUGCCCAGAAAAGACAGACCAUAUCGAGACGGCCAAGGCGUAGUAGUCGUCAAAUGGGGUUGACACCUCGCCUUCGGAAGGUCGGUUCGGCGAAGUGUAUUCAACUGAUGGCGUCUCCCCGGGCCAGGUGUUCAGAUCGCUGUCGUCUAUCAUUCGAGCCGAAGAGAAGUCCACGAUCUUCAGGACGUCACUCCCAGGCUGUUUGACGAACCUCUCCGGCCUGAUAUCGCCGUGCAAGAUCCCCUUGCGAUGCAAAGCCGUCACCAAGAUCAUCAUGUGCUUGGCAAUCGAGAUGCGCUCAGCUGGGAGGAUUUUGGUUAUGUCAAUAGGGUAUCCCAGUUCCAUCAGUGCGCCCUUUUGAUACCAUUGCGCGCUCAUGUCGUCAACCACCCCGACCUUGCUGACGACCGGAAGCGUGAGUUCGUCAGCCACAACCAUGAGCUUCGUCUCUCGCUUCCUGCAGAUGGGCUUGUACGCCAAGGUCUCGCUGUACUUGUAAAUGGGACACUGGCUUCCAUUUGCGACGAUGGAAGCUGAACCGUCGUCAAGAUGCUCACUCGAAAGUCGCGGAUCAGUCUCAAGCAUCAUCGGAGGCAGGGAGUCCGCAGUCGCGUCCGGGUACCACGCGACCGUGGUGGUGUGCUCCAUCGUCAUUCUCAGCAGAGUCGCGCCAAGAGCCAAACUCUGGGGCCUAAAAGUCUUGGAGAAGAUUAUUUCGCAAAAAGAGUAUGCUGGGCAAAUUGAAUGAGAAUUUGCUUUCUGAGAUUCAUGGUCGUCAUGGCAAUGCCGGAUUCUAAAUAUAACAGGCCAAAUUCGGGACAAUCCAUUGGCAGUGGAGUUUCGAGCCCGUGAAGGAGGCCGGGUCGGGUCUUGGGACGGCGUGGUCACCUCCGACCCGGCCACUAACAGCCGAGCCGCAACAUCUCAUGCAGCUCCUGUUAGUGCAGGGGCUGACACAUCCUUGGCCCCGUCCAGACCGCAUCGUCAUCUUCGCAGGCUUCAUAACAGCCCUACCCACUUGCUUUGAAACAAGCUGCUCACUGGAAUUGUGGUCUCCGCCACAGAGCCUCAAACCGACAGUGACUGAGUUCGACCUUAUGAACAGCCCGGCUCCGUGGUUCCCGGCUACAGACCUCUUACCUUUCGGUGCCUGGUGUCCAAUGCUUUCCGCCCUGCUCGAGAAAACCGGCCGCUUGUUCCGGCACCUGCUGUUUGAGCUCCAGGGCCGAGUACAUCUCCUAGUCUCAUAUAUCCACUCUGCUAUUCCGAUCUGGCCUGUCUGUCGAAGCCGCAGGUGGCACAGGUCUCUCGUCUCUCGUUGUUUCGACUGCCCAGGUGGACACAUGGGCGAAACACUCGCCCAAGGCCGCAGCUUAUGCCCGCGCGUGGUUUGAUUCUCCGCUUCACGCCCACGAGCGACCGCAUCGGUGACACCUGUGCUGCUCGCCUGGUCGGCCAAGCCCACUCGCUAACCACGCUAUCCACUCGGGCCGCAGGGUUUGAUCUGCAUGGGUGAUCGAGAGGCAAGUGUUUCUCGAGAUAUAAUAGUCGAGCAGGAGAAACAUCUCUAGGACAACAGCACUAGACCACUCCAACCACCGAAACAUUCUUUCCUUCACCCACCCUUCUCCCAAUGCCCCGUGUCAAGAGUUCGCUGCGGAGAGAAGGUCCACUCAGCCCUCCAGCAGUCCCAACCGAGUUUGAUUCCCAACUCCAGUCGUCCCCUAGCACCCCCUGCUCUACCAAACUCUGCUCUCUUGGAGAGUCAUCCUACCCAGAGUCUCUUUCUGCCGACGACAACGAGGAAUGUGCAAGUUCACCUACCUCGGCUACGACCGGUGCGAUGAGCCAGAGAGGCACUAUCUCAUCCGUCGUGAGAAAUGCGGGGCCAAAGCCAAUCUAAAGAACUGGUGCUCCCCUGAUGAACAGGAGGAAGCCUCGACAGCAGACCAGUCCGGCAAGUUCUGGGUCUCGCUGCCGUGCCCCAUGUGCGCAGACAUACCCGUGGUCUAUGACCAGCCUCUGUUGGAGAUUGCUCAUUCGCGGCGUUCCGUCCUCCCUGCACCUCACUAUGACGCUGUCACCGGGAAGUAUUCGCGUCUCCCAAGACACCGCCAGACAGCUCAGGAUGAUGCGCCAUCUGAUGCUAUCCCGCCACCGCUCAAGACAACUCGCAUGAGGGUCCAGCGGGCAGCUACCGAGUCCACCGUCACCAAGUCCAGGGGCGAGUCGGCAGGCGGCGACUACACGCUCCCAGCGACCACCUAUGUGCCCCCAACACGGGAGCAGAACCUUCCUAGGCCGUUUCCUGCGCCCCAGCCUGCCACCCUGACGCCACCUUCCAGCCGGGACUCAAGCCGUUCGCCUCCUCAGAUCCAUAUGGACGGAGCUCUGCGGACCACUCCGCCAGGAGAGGGUAGCCGCCGAGAGUUGGAUUCGAUCCGGGAGAAGGCUAGAGCAGCGAAUGCUGCCGCCAUGGAGGGAAGACCACCCACUGCUGAGCGCCUCCGCUCGGGCUCUGCUUCCUCGGCGUCCAGCAACGGAACAAGCCGCCCGAGCCAGCCAUCCCGCCAGGCCUCAAAUACGUCUCUCACAUCUACUUCGUCGUACGCAAGCAGGGCCGUGGUCAAGACAGACCGAAGGCCUCAGAGGCAGCCGAGCGCGUCCCGCUCUCCGCCCCAGGAUAGAAUGGCGGAUACUCUGGCGAAUGUAGCCCUCAGGAGCAUCGGUAUCGACCGCAAUGGAUCUCGCUCUGCCGCUGCCCCCGAGACACCAGAGCGCGGCCGGAGGAUGCGCCGUCGUCCCACGGGAGGGUCCGGAAGCGACAGAUCCGAGUCACCCUCGGUGUGGCGGCCUACCAUCAGCCCCCCCGUCCUUCAGAAGGAUAGCCUCGGCAUGAGCCAGAUUGAUCAGACCAUGGAGCCGUUCAAGCAGCGACUGAUCCCGUUCCCACCCAACAAGGGAGCCGCAACUCCCAAUGCCGUCUCGAUUGCGAAGGGGCAAGGCCUGGUUGAGAGCCCUGCUCGACCAAAGACGCCCCACCCACAUGCAACCACCAACAAAGCCCCAGUACUCCGGCUGUUCCCCAACGACGCCGACGACGAGGAGAUAGCAGCCGCCGCCUUCGAGCGGAUGUUCGCCGCCGAGUCCAAGGCACAGGCAUACCAGCUCCAGGUGCAGGCCCAGGCCCAGGCCCAGGCCCAUGCCGACGCGAACGCCCAGGUGGAGAUACAGAUGCAGGCCCGGGCCGCAGCAGCUACUGCUGCUGCCGCUCCGUCGUCCUCCAGCGGCGCCACAAACACAAAGAAGGACAAGUCCCUGCCCUCUGUUCCCGCGGCCCUGCGGCGCGUCAAGACCGGGCAGGUCAAGACGGUCACGGUGGCUCCGCCGCGCGCCCCGCGCCGCCAGAACACAUCUGACAGCGCCAGCUCGGCCGGGGGGUCGUCAGCCAGGUCCUCGCCACCACAGCCGCCUGCCUCUGCUACCAUCAUGAAGGUGAGCAUGGGGCCCACGUUCAGCCUUGCGGGCGUCACGGGCAAGGAGCAGGAGUUUGAGAUUGUCACGGGGCCUGACGGGACAAUGCUGCAAGAGCCGGCACUUGGUCGGGCAUUUUAGGUGGGGUGGACAGAGUGUCUACAUUUACAUGGUUUUUGAUGAAGGGAGGCUGUGCCUACGGGUUCGGGUCUCUUGCUGAGUGAGAGACUGUACAUUCCUUUGAUACCAUUUUUUUCUUUUGUGCCGGUUCCAAGACUCCCUCCCCAGUUGGAGAGUUGGAUCGUGUGUAAAACUAUGGGAGUUGUCAAAUUUUGUUUUGGUUUAUACAAAAUACCUGGUCUGAUUUUUGGAAGAUUGUUAGGA